UAUCGAUAGUUAACGAACUGUGCAAUUAAAUCAUAAACGCUUUUCUAAUAAUCGUUUAUCGCAUUUAGUUAUGUUUUCAUUUAAAUGGCUCACAAUACACGCAUACAUUAUAGCUAUAAGUCAGUCCAGUCUAGAAAUCCGUAAAUCUGGCUGGCUAGACAGGCUGGUUGAAUAUCAUAAACAGAAUUUCAUUCAGGACUUGCAGAAAAUACCUAAUGUACAGUUAAAAGCCAAGAUAGAAUCAGCGCCUCCCGGCUACGUGGACUCCAAGGAAUGGGACUAUGAAUCCGUAAUCCGUCUCCUCACUCUUAUCCGGCAAAGCGAAGGUUUAGGGCCAGUCAGACGGGCAAUCAGACGGGCUCUAUCCCAGUCCACUAGACGCAUGAGUAUCAAGGAAAGUCUAAAACUGUUCCCGAGUUUGAAAAAGCAAAUACCCAACGACAUUUACUACGAUAUUGAAGAAUCAGAGGAAUACUACGAUGUGUCGAUUAAAACACCCCUGUUUGAAAACAGGACAGAAGACGAUGCGAUUAUCAUCGUCAGCAAUCCUGUUGAAGCCAGGCUGCCAAGUGCUAUGAUCAGUGUGAAUCUAUUGAAAGAGAUUAUGGAAACCAGAUCUCAGGCGGCCAGAUAUAUGCCCAAAACACGUAUGACAUUUAAAUGGAAGCCACGAAAUAAAACAACAUCAACAACGCAAAAAAUUCCUGAUACUACCGUUGAAACUGGUACAGGUGUAACAGGAGGCGAAAAAGCAGAAGCUGCCACGGGCACGACAGUGGCUGCGGCGUAAUUACGUGAAUAUAUCUUGA